CCACCAAAUCCGGCCAAAAACCGAUUCAGCGAGUGCCUGAUUCGAGUUUGACCGGCCUGAGUUUGCAAAACACUGGGGUGCUCCAUCAAUUUGCAGGCGUAAUUGUACACGAUUUAAAAAUAAAUGAAAUGUGUCAUGUUCAAAAGGACAAACUAAAAAGGAUAGGGAAAAGGAGAUGGAGCUGAAAUCUUUAAAAAAAAAAAAACAAUUCUGAGAAAAUUAAUGGAGAGAAACAUACAUGGUUGAUGCGUGAUGUCUGAGAGAGACUGAACACAACAGAGAGAGAGAGUGUUCAAUUGGUCAAUGGAGUUCCUAAACCCACCCCUGUUCUUGUUUCUCUGUUUCCUUCUCUCUUCUUCCUACCCAUUAUGCUCUGCAACUCCCCACCUUUCAGUUUCUAAUGAAGCAGCCAUUGAUUACCAGGGAUUCCUGAAUUGGGCUAGAGAAGACGAGUUGUUUGAAUGGAUUAAGAGGGUUAGGAGACAUAUACAUAUGAACCCUGAGCUUGCUUUCAAUGAGUACAAAACCAGUAAAUUUAUCAGAGAAGAGCUUGAUGAAAUGGGAAUCGAAUAUUCAUGGCCUUAUGCUAAGACAGGGAUAGUUGCAACUAUUGGGUCAGGGGGGCGCCCCAUUUUAGCGCUUAGAGCUGACAUGGAUGCUCUUCCUAUCCAGGAGCUGGUGGACUGGGAGUAUAAGAGCAGAUUGGAUGGCAAAAUGCAUGCAUGUGGUCAUGAUGCUCAUGUAACUAUGGUUCUUGGGGCAGCUAAACUACUUCAGAAGGCAAAGGAUCAAUUAAAGGGCACUGUGAAGCUUGUUUUCCAGCCAGCCGAAGAGGGUGGUGCUGGGGCGUACCAUAUGAUACAAGAGGGUGCCAUCGAGAACAUAGAAGCCAUUUUUGGGUUACACGUUGAUAAUCAACUAAGAACUGGUGCAAUAGCGUCAAAACCAGGCCCACUUUUGGCUGCAUCCGGUCGCUUUGUUGCCAUAAUCCAAGGUCAAGGUGGCCAUGCAGUCAAACCCCAUAAAGCCAUUGACCCUGUUCUUGCUGCAUCUCAUGCUAUCCUCAGCCUACAACAGCUUGUAUCUCGAGAAACUGAUCCUGUUGAUAGCAGUGUGGUGUCUGUUACCUUCAUUAGUGCUGCUCAUGGUCAUGCGAUCAUCCCCGACAAAGUGACAUUUGGAGGGACACUCAGGAGUAUGACAUCUGAAGGACUUUCUAAUUUGGCAAGAAGGAUCAAAGAGGUGAUAGAGGCCCAAUCUGUGGUGCACAGGUGCAGUGCAUCCAUUGAUUUCAUGGAGAAGAUUGGGAGACCCUAUCCUGAAACACUGAAUGAUGACGGGAUGUACAUGCAUGUGAAGCGGGUUGGGGAGAGCUUGCUUGGUGAGCACAAUGUUCACUUGAGCCCACCAGUUAUGGGUGCUGAAGACUUUGGCUUUUAUUCACAAAUUAUCCCUAGUGCAAUGUUUUGGUUGGGUAUAAGGAAUGUGAGUGUUGGGUCCUAUCACUCCCUCCAUUCUCCACACUUUUUCUUGGAUGAAAAUGCCCUUCCUAUAGGUGCAGCGUUGCAUGCUGCAGUGGCAGUGGCUUAUUUGGAAAGUCAGGCUUCGCGCUUUCACUAGGCGAGGGACAUUUUGUCUUUUGGACCUCCUUGGUGAGAGAGCAUAGGUUAUGUGGUUGGAGGAGAUCGAUGUGGUUUCAGAUGGUUUGGUCAUUCUAAUGUAAUGGCAUUUUCAUCAGUUUCUAAAAAUUAUUGACAUUUUCAUAAUGCUCAAGCAAGUUAUUUUGAUUU